AAUUUGUGCGCCACAUGAGCCACACGUGUUUUGUUUUCAUGGACGUGGUAUGGAAUCAUCUGUGAAGUGGUAGCUGUCUCAGUCGUACAUUUUCAAAGGAAUUAAUUAAAGUGACCUACCACACCAGCCAGCAAGCAUGGGAAAGAAACUCAAAGUUGGAAAGACCCGAAAGGACAAAUUCUACCAUUUAGCUAAGGAAACAGGUUAUCGCUCUCGUUCGUCCUUCAAACUUAUUCAGCUCAACCGGAAAUUUCAGUUCUUACAGAAAGCUAGGGCUGUUGUUGACUUGUGCGCUGCCCCAGGUGGUUGGUUGCAGGUGGCGUCCAAGUUUAUGCCAGUUUCCAGUCUUGUCAUUGGUGUUGAUCUGGUCCCUAUCAGGGCCAUCCCAAAUGUUGUCACUCUACAAGAGGACAUCACUACAGAGAAAUGCAGACAGGCUCUCAGAAAAGAACUACAAACAUGGAAGGUAGAUGUAGUCCUAAAUGACGGCGCUCCAAAUGUUGGUGCCAAUUGGCAACAUGAUGCCUUCACACAGGCCCACCUGACUCUCAUGGCCCUGAAACUGGCCUGCGAGUUCCUGGCCAAGGGCGGCACGUUUGUCACCAAGGUGUUCCGCUCCAAGGACUACCAGCCGCUGCUCUGGAUCUUCCAGCAGUUCUUCAAGAAGGUGCAGGCCACCAAGCCCCAGGCCUCCAGGAACGAGUCUGCUGAGAUCUUCGUCAUCUGUCAGGGUUUUUUGGCCCCGGACAAAAUUGACAACAAGUUCUUCGACCCCAAACAUGCGUUCAAAGAAGUGGAGGUUCAGGCGAAGACUGUGAAAGAGCUGAUCCCUGUGAAGAAGGCCAAGGCCGAGGGCUACACAGACGGCGAUCUGACCCUGUACCACACCUUCUCUGUCUCAGAGUUCCUCAAAGCCGACAACCCCGUCGACUUCCUGGGCAAAGCCAACGAGAUCACCUUUGACAGCCUAGAGCUGGAGACUCACCCGGCCACCGUGGACGAGAUCAGAGAGUGUUGCCGUGACAUCAAGGUCCUGGGCCGUAAGGAGCUCCGACUGCUGCUGAGCUGGAGAUCCAAGCUCAGGAGAUACCUGGCUAAGAAGCUGAAAGAUGAAAAAGAUGAAGCAAAGAAAUCGGACCAAGAAAUCAACCUGAGCUCCGGGGAGGAGGAAAGCGACACGGAGGAGCCAGCCAAGAAGACCGUAGCCGAGGGGAAGGAGGAAGAGGCCGAGGACGAGGAGGAGGAGAUGGAGAAGAAGGUGGCCGAGCUGAAAGCCGAGGAGGUGGCUGACCUCAAACGGAAGAAGAAGAAGCUUCUGAAGGAGAGGAGGAAGCAGAGGGAGAGGGUGGAGCUGAAGAUGGACCUGCCGGGGGUCUCCAUCGCCGACGGCAACGACGAGUCCAUGUUCUCGCUCAGCACCAUCAACAAAGCCAAGGCACUGUGCGAGAUCACCAAGGGGGACAUGAAAGCGGCCGACAACAUGGUGGCGGGCGAGGAGGACCUCUACCUGUCGGACGAGGACGGGGACGACAAAAUGUCGCUGGCGUCCGACCUGGACUCGGACGACAUGGCGGAGGUGGAAGAGAAGGAGAAGGAGUUGGAGAAGAAGGCUCCCAAGAAGAAGGUGUCCUUCUGUAUGGGGGCGGAGGAGGAGGAGGAGGAGGAGGAGGAGGAGGGAGGAGGACUGCUGGUGAAGCUGGAGGGGAAGGAGGAGAAGCAGGACAGAGAGACCAACCUGUGGUUCAGCAAGGGGAUCUUCUCGGAGCUGGACCUGGACGGAGACGCAGAGAGCGAGCUGAAGCAGUCCCAGAAGCUCCACACCCAGGACGCCCCAGUCGGCAAAGGGAGGAAGAGGAAAGCAGAGGAGAAGGCCCAGCCGGAAGAGGAAGAGGCGGGGCCUUCACAGGAAGCGGAGGGGGAUAGCGACACUGACACUGACUCUGACAAUGAUGACGAGAGGGAAAUUGCCCAGAUGAAGGCCGGCAAAGGAGCAGGUGGCUCCCAAGGCAACACAGAAGAUGAAGAUUUACAGGUGGUCCCUGUGGAGAGCACCAGUAAGCGGGCUAGAAUCCUGGACCCAGAGGGCUUGGCCCUGGGGUGUCAGAUCGCCACGUCCAAGAAGAGAGCCAGAGAUCUGGUAGACGGCUCCUUUCACAGGUUCGCCAGCUCUGAGGACCAGUGCGAGGUGCCCGAGUGGUUCGUGGACGACGAGAACAAACACCGGAAGAAGCCCGUGCCCGUAACCAAGGAGAUGGUGGAGGAGUACAAGGAGCGCUGGAAGGAGAUCAACGCCAGGCCCAUCAAGAGAGUGGCCGAGGCCAAGGCCAGGAAGAAGAGAAGGAUGCUGAAGAAGAUGGAGCAGGCGAAAAAGAAGGCAGAGGCUGUGGUCAACACCGUGGACAUCUCUGAGAAGGAGAAGAUGUCUCAGCUAAAGACUAUCUACAAGAAGGCAGGCGUGGGCAAGGAGAAGAGGGAGGUCACCUACGUGGUGUCCAAGAAGGGCGGCGGAGGGAAGCACGUCCGCCGGCCGGCCGGCGUGAAGGGGGUCUUCAAGGUGGUGGACAACCGCAUGAAGAAGGACAUGAGGGGCAUGCAGAGGAAAGAGCAGCGGGACAAAGGGGGCAAGAAAGGCGGGAAAGGCGCGGUGGUGGAAGGGAGGAGGGAUGAAGGGAGUCCAUGA